CUAAUCCUAGGUUGCCAAAGAACCUAGCGGAUCCAGACCUCUUUCUACCGUUCCAGGGAGCCAGCUGCGGCUGUGCGAGUGCCGCUGACACCAUGCCGCUCACCAAGAGGGACCCCGCCAACCCAGUGGUAUUCUUUGACAUCAGCAUCGGCGGCGAGGCGGUGGGCCGUGUGGUGUUCGAGCUGUACAAGGAUGUGGUGCCCAAGACCGCGGAGAACUUCCGUGCCCUGUGCACCGGCGAGAAGGGCGUGGGCGAGAAGGGCAAGCCGCUGCACUACAAGGGGUCCACGUUCCACCGCGUCAUCCCAGACUUCAUGAUCCAGGGCGGCGACUUCACCAACGGCGACGGCCGCGGCGGCGAGUCCAUCUACGGCGACCGCUUCGAGGACGAGGCCUUCACGCUGCUGCACGACGUGCCCGGCCUGCUGUCCAUGGCCAACGCCGGACCCAACACCAACGGCUCACAGUUCUUCGUGACCACGGUGCCCACCCCGCACCUGGACAACAAGCACGUCGUGUUCGGCCGGGUGCUCAAGGGUAUGGGCAUUGUGCGCGAGAUCGAGCAGACGGAGACCGGCGAAAACGACCGGCCCGUUCAGACGGUGGAGGUCACGGACUGCGGCGAGCUGAGCGAGGAGCAGCAGCAGGAGGCGGCGGCGGCGGGGGCAGGCGCGGCCGGCUCCGGCGCCUGGCCUGCCUACCCCGAGGACGCGGACCGGCCCGAGGGCGAGGCGGAGGCGGCGUGGCGGCUGCGGGCGGGCGAGGCCAUCCGCCUGGAGGGCAAUGAGCUGUUCAAGGCUGGUAAGUACGGCGAGGCUGUGGCCCGCUACAGCUCCGCGCUGCGCUACGUGGGCCGCUCCGGCUUCGCCGACCCGCAGGCCGCGGAGGCCGCCGGCGAGGAGCAGCAGGCGGCGCUGGGGCAGGCCGUGGUCAGCUGCCUACUCAACAGGGCCGCCUGCCGCCUGAAGCUGGGCAAGGCUGAGGCCGCGCUGCAGGACGCGGGCGCGGUGCUGGAGCAGGCGCCGGACAACGUCAAGGCGCUGUUCAGGGCGGGGCAGGCGCGGGCGGCGCUCAAGGACUACGCCGGCGCCCUGGCCCAGCUCAGGCGCGCCUCCGAGCUGGAGCCGGCGGACAAGGGCAUCGCGGCCGAGGUGGCCCGGGUGAAGGCGGUGGUGGAGGCGGAGCGCAAGAAGGAGCGCGCCACGUACGCACGCAUGUUCGGUUGAUCGGGUUGCAGUUGUGUGUUGGCUGAGUCGGCGAUCCGUUGCUCGCCGCUGCGUACGCGCACAGGGGUCGAGUGUGGGUGGUGCAGUACGGGGUGGUGGCCGAUGGGCAUCCACGUGUUGGUGGUGGGGUCGUGUCGCCGUGGGUGCUGCCGUGCUUUGGCGUUGAAUUCGUAGUACAGGCAAGAGCAGAGGGUGGUGAGAAUCCCACCAGGCGUGUCAGGGCAAGAGUCGCAUAGGGACUUGGGUCGUUUUGGCGUUUGAGCGGGAGGCUCCUCUUGAGGCGCGAGCUGUGGCGCAAUGGGGGCUGCACCUCCGAAGCUGCAUGGCACGGCCACGUCUGUCGCGGGGCGGUUUUGCUGUUAGCCCCAGAGGUGGUCGCGGGGAGCGCGGCUGGGCCCUGGCGGAGGUGCCGUUGUGGGAGCUUCCGAGCUUGCAACAGGUCGGACUCAUCAGUCAUUCGCUAUUGGAAUAGCCUGGUCUUGCAAGGUUCUCUACUUGUAAGUUCGGGCUGGU